GAGCGGGGCGGCGGGAGGAGCGGCCCUGGGCCGGGCGGCCGUGGGGCCUGUGAGGGCCGGGCCGGCAGCCGCUCCCGCGGUCCCGGUGCUCCUGACUGCUCGGUGCAGACACCCACGGGCCGUCGGGCGGCCCUGAUGGGGGACACCGACGUGUCCGAGGAGACGCAACGAGCUGCCGUGGAGUGUGUCGUUUGGGCCAGAGAGAAAUGCAGUGCUGAAAGAGAAACUGCAUCCCUUACAGAGAGGGAGUUUGAGAAGAAACAUGGUCCCACUUGGCACUGCAUUGUAGGGAAAUUUGGCAGCUUUGUGUCUCCUGAGACCAAGCACUUCAUCUUCCUCAGAUGUGGAGUAAAUGAUCUUCUGUUUAAAGCUGGUGAGAGCUACGGAUUGUUGUUCAGAGUGGCUUGUGCUUGUAAGAUUGCGCAGUAACGGCAGCAAUGUAGUGCCUUCAGCUGACCUGAAGGAAGCAGAGCUUGGUCUUCAGGGGUAACGUCAGGGUUUCUUCUGGAGUGGUUGCUGGUUUUGUUGUGUUUGGGGGGGAAAGCGGAGGGGAAAUAAACCCCACAGAAGCAAACAAGGCAGACACCACCUUGUAUUUAUUUUCUUUCCAAAAUCAGCUUCUUUGCUAAUAAAAAUGUUAUGUGUGUUCCAUCUUUAAGAGUUUUACAUCUCUUUUCUCUUUUUCCCUAAUGUUCCUUGUGCUCCUUGUCACAUCCCUGUGAACAGCCACCUUCCACAGGAAUCUGUUCUCAAACUUGAAUAUCUGAAGGCCCAGCUGAGUGUGCGAGUAUGUGGAUAACCCCAAGCUGCACAAAGGAGCCCUGUGGUUAGACAGGACCGUGCCGUUAGGGACACAUAGGAGUUGAAGUGAGCCCUUGGCCUGGGCUGGCGGCAGCCCAGUUGCCCAGGGGCUACCUGCCAGGGGCCAGGACCGCCCUGGUGGAGGGGUGGGGCCUUGGAGAUAAGCUCCGUGUCCAGUGGCUGCAUUCAGUGACCCAAGUCCCCGCUGAGAGCAGCAUCCUCAGUCAGGAGGCGCUCGGGGGCUGCUUUGCCGGGUGCCCUCGGAGGGCUCUGUCCGGUGGUGGUAACGGGGAGCGCUCAGCCCGUUUACCAUAAAUCCAUACCAUAAAUCUGGGUUUACCGUAAAUCCGUCUGCCGGAGAGCACUGGGACGCCUUUUAGCCCACUCUCCUCCCUGUUCUCUUGCGGUGCUCUCGGUGCCGCCGCGAUCGGGCCGUGGCGGGGCUCCCGCGCUGUCCCCGGGCAGCCGCCGCGGCGGCAGGGGGCGCUGCGCGCGUCCCGUCGCUAUGGCAACGGGCGCGGAGCAUGCCGGUUGAAAGGGGACGCACCCCCAAAGGGGAGGCCCGGUCCUGGCCAAUGAGCGCCCGGGGGGCGGUGGCGAUGACCAAUGGCUGGCGGCUGUGCGCAGGGGGAGGGGCUGGGGGAGCUGGGAGGCGGUGGCGGCGCGCGCGGGCCCGUUAAACGGCGGCGGUAAUAUGGCUGCUCAGACGGCUGUGGUAAAGGAUACGGACAUGCCAGAGAAGAAGCAGCAAGGUGCUGUGUGCCAUUCGGUCUCUGGAGGAAUGCAGUGUAAAAAGGAUAAGUGUUUGCUCAUAAUGUCUUCCUGCUGAACGCUAUACGAACUUCUAAAAUCAAGCAGAAGUUUUGGUGACUAUGUAGUUCUAGAGAAGCACGUUCCAUGGAUAUUUGAUAUCCAGUCAGACUUUCUCUGGAGACUGGUGUCCUUAUGCUCCUUUCUGUACACCUUACAUGCACUUUUCCAUUUCUUUCCCUUCUCUUUCUUACAAUUCUACUUAAGUCCUCUGCUCUCCAAAGACAGCACUUGAAUAGUAAUACUGAGUUCCUAGUGGUCUCUUCUGCAGGAGCUUGACAGGAAAUAUAAUCCUACCUUUCAGUGUGCUGUGAGAAGGAAUUUUGUGACUCCCGAGACCAGUCGCUUUGUCCUCACCUGCCUGGGUUCUGUUACUUUUCUUCUCAAGCCAUGGACUGUUUCUCAGACUCUCAUCUCGUUCCUCGGUUGUGUGCUAAAGGCACAAAGCCUGGUGCUCUCAGCCUUCCUGAGGACGCAGACCUUGGCCUAAAGGGUGAUGGCGGUGAUUUUACUAGCAUGGUUGAUGUUCUCAUUGCAAUGAGGGGAAAAAUAGAAAAGAAAAAAAAACAAACUUUGUAUUUAUUUUCUUUCCACAGCCAGCUUCUUUGCUAAUAAAAGUUUUGUGUUCUGCCUUUAAAAGUGUUGUGGCUACGUAUGUUCUUGUGCGAAUAUUGCUCGUGCUAUUUCUUAUUUACCUGUGAAUGUGGAUGACUAACUUUGUUAGAAAGUUUCUUUUCUUAAAUCCAAACUGUCUAAACACUGUGGUCACCAUCCUCAUAAUUUGGUCAGUAAUUCUAAGACCAAAGACAAUUUUAAUAGACGUAAAUAGGAAAUAAACAGCAGUUAGAAUAAGGCCUUUUAUGGGGCUUCUCCUAAAAUAUUAU